AUGUCGGCCAACGCACCGGAGUACCAGCACUUCGUCCCGCAGUUCAUCCUGAGGAACUUCGGCCAUCCUUUCAGCUGCCCUAAGGCCCGCACGAAAGGCUUGAAAUGUACGAAGCACCAUCACGAAAAAGGAAAAUACCCCGGCGACCCAGUUGUGAACUGCCUGGAACUUUUGCCCCAAGAUUACAAGAUUGAGGAGCUUCCUAUCCGACGAGUGUGCGGCCUGGAUGACAUGUACACCGACCAGUCACCUCAAGCAACGUUUCCUCGCGAACUGGAGAAAAAGUUCAGCAAGCUGGAGGGCCAGACGAGUGUCGUGAUUCGCAAGAUAAUUGGUGCUCACCAACGUGGAGAAGAAAAUGUCAAAAUUACUAGAACACAGCAAACAGUACUGCGCAAGUUUGUCUAUCUACUGAAUCAACGAGGCUCGGGCUUCUUCAAGACAUACAACUGCAACAGCAUCGAUGACUACAAAAAGAAUGACCGGGAUCUUCUGAAAGAGUUUAUGGACCGAAAUGGAAUUCAACGACCGUUGGAUGUUUGGUUACAGGGCUUGAGUUCUAUCAUUGACCUCGAUAUGGGCCUGGCAGCAAAUUGGCAACAAACCCUCAAGUCAACCGUCUAUUAUGGCCUAUUUUGCCAUUUCAGGGAACACAUCACUGAAUUCUGGAUGUCCUUCUGCACCCCUUCCAGCGAGGAUCAAGAGUUCAUUCUCUCUGACACAGGAAGUCAUGUCUACGAAGGACCAACUAUCGACUUUCAGGACAAGACAACAGGAGAGUUCCUACGCCAGGGACCCCGCUUUCACCUCUUUGCGCCCAUCUCCCCACAAUUGAUGAUCGUUCUGAGAAGUAAACAUCUACCAGAGCCCCACGAGGAUAAAAGUCCUGAGGUAAAGGCUGAGCGUCAGCUUUGGCGACAGAUUGAGAUCGACUCGAUCUAUGGCACAGAAACAAAAUCCAUAUUAGAAACCCUGCCCGUUCACAAGGCUAUCAACAGCUACUCCACCUUGGUGAAUGGAGUACUGAGAAAGCGGCCGGGUUGGGAUGGACAGCUUCGUCAGACUGAUACCUUCUCAUUCCCUUUCUUCGAAAUCUCCACGCACCAUGCACGCAUUAUGAACGGUCUUCUUUUGGACCACGCUUUUCAUGGUCGGACAAUCAUCUUCAACAAGAAGGCUACAUUCUUCGAUCUGUUAGAAUGGUUCUUGACGGAACCUUGUGAGGUUGGCAAAAGGCUGGGCGGAGAACACCACGCGGAGCAGAUGAGGUAUCUCUCGCAGUUGACGGCUUUGAUGCACGCCCAAGGGCGAAAUGUCUCACUUUGUAUCACAAAUAACCAUGUCAGCAACCAUCUUGACAUGGAAGGUUAUAAAACCCAGAACAAUGCUGCCGCACGGUGGCUUGAGGGCCUUGACAAGAAAGAUGCCAGUGAGGGAGCUGUCAAACAGAAACAACCACAAAGUCCUGAUGCCGAGAUCGAUGCGGUUCAAGAUACUUCAGCGGGUCUCCAAGAUCAGCCCAAGAAUGAGAAGAGCACUAUCGAGGGACAGCCAACUGACCAUGGUCUGACGUUGAAACACGAAGAGGAAUUGAGCCAAGCCGAACUCACAUCUCUCCAUGCUUCCGAAUUCUCAACACAGUUCCAGGGUCGUAAUUUUUCUCGCAGCGUUGACUUUUAUGAUUCCAUUUCUGGCUAA